AUGCUUGAUGCACAGCCCUCCCCAGGUGACCUGGUGCUGAUUGGUCGCCGUUGGCGCCGGCCGCUCAGCCCCUCCCUGGGGGAGCAGCCCGCCGUGUGCGCAGGCGCGGCGGCAGCAGCAGCAGCAGGAGCAGGUGGAGCGCGGGACGGAGUGACGCUGCUGGCGGCUGUCGCGACCCCGACUGAAGAGAGUAAGAGAUCCGAGGGAGCCCUGAGGAACUACUUUAUAAUGGCAUCUGGAAACAGUGGUGAUUCAUGCAGGUCAUGUUCAGCCCGUGAAGAGAAGAACAGCGAGACUGAUGCAGAGCUGAGUGAGGUUGACGGAGUGGAGGAGAGUUUGCGGGAUGAUGUCUACAACCGGUAUCGGAGCGAGGGACAUGAGGAUGUCAACACUGGAGUGGCAACAGUUGUGGACCCGUUGCAGAUAUGUGCCAGUUCCUCGGUUGAAAUAGGGCACCAGUUGGCAAUCAUCGGAGACGAGCUCAAUCAUCAAAAGAACAGACAAUUCCAAGAUGCCGGCAUCUAUCUUCCCCUCGCAUUCCAAUGUGGGUGCAAGUCCAUCCGCAGAGCUGCUGAAAGGUUAUUUGAUAAUGACAUAAACUGGCGUCAAACAAUCACUCUGCUGAGUUUCGGCUACAAGACUGCGAGGUACUUCUAUCGUAGGGGACUGAUGGAACCUUUUGGCAGAGUUACAGAACACGUGGCAAAGAUUCCAGCAAAGAAUCAAAUCACUCGAUGGGUUGCAGAAUGCGGAGGCUGGACCACUGCCCUUACCCUGGAGAAUGCCACCCUGAAAUGGCUGCUUGGGAUCUUGGUGGUUGCCAUGCUGGCAGUGGCAAUUGCCCACAGGAUUUACCAGCUCUAAGCCCUGGCUGGUGCUGGAUCGUCAAAGCUGGCCUUGACCAAGCAUUGCCUUCGCUCCACCCAGGUGGUGGAUCUUUUUUUUAUUAUCCAACUUGAAUAACAGAAAUAAUUUUUUCUAAAUCUUUUUAGAUAUUUAAGAUUGUUUUGGGAAAAGUGCUGGGCCACACAUGUUUUCUAAACUUUUAUAAGUAUAAUAUAAUGAAACUAUGUCCGGCUGUUACUGGUAACGGUCUACAUUGAUUGCUUAGACGGGUGUUUGCGGUAGUUUUUCAUAUUGUUUUCUAUGUUGCAGUGAUGAACAUGGUUAUAUCAUUGCAUUAGAAUUGGCAGAUGCAGAAACACUAACAUAUUGUUUGAGAUGAUUUCCACUUCCAGGCAUUUGUCUAUUUUGGGCAAAAUUGCCAUUUUUAUUUUGCAAACAGUGUUUUUUACUUGAUUUGAUGCUAGUAUUGAACCAUCCAGAUGUUAUUUUGAACCUUGCAUGUUUAACUGAUGAGAGCAGGGCACUUUGGCCAUUGAGAGGGUGCGGUGGGCAGUAGACAGUAGUUGACAGUCACGGUGGCGCAGCGGUAGAGUUGCUGCCUUACAGCAAAAUACUGCGGCAGAGACCCGGGUUCGAUCCUGACUGUCUGUAUGGAGUUUGUACGUUCUCCCCGUGAUCUGCGUGGGUUUUCGCCGAUAUCUUCGGUUUCCUCCCACACUCCAAAGACGUGCAGGUUUGUAGGUUAAUUGGCUUGAUAAAAUGUAAAAAAAAAUGUCCAGUGCUGAGUGAUGCUCUACGUAGAGCUGUUCAGCGUACUACAUCCAGAUCCAGAAUAGAAUACAACCUCCAUUGCAUUGUUGCCUGGGUGUAAAGGGGGGGGGGGGGGGGGUCUGGGAUGUAAUUCCUGCCAUUGAGGCUGUAAUCCAGUAUGUUUAGGAAUUAAAGCAUCUCCUAACCACCCCCCUAAACCAGGAGUGCACUUUACCAUUCUUCCCCCCCCUCCCCGUCUUGCACACACCCGGGGGCUGUUAAACAUCCCCCAUCCAACCUCACUGGGUAACUGCUGUUAUACCUAUAAUGUUAUCUUGGCUGUUUGUAUUUGCCAUCUAUUUCAUUGGAUUUACAAUGGUGCCCAUUUGAUUGCACUUUGUGUUCAGGCUGUAGAACCACUGAAUUGAUUUCUAAAUUUCAAUCUUUCAACAGAAUUGUAUGCUGCAUUAAAUGCAUUUUCUAUUGCUUGAC